AUGGAACCCAGGGACAAAGAAGUGGAGGCUUCUAAACGCAAGAUCACCUAUAAGGUUGAUUUGCCCUUCUUCAUCAUCAAGUUAAAUUCCCCUGAAACUUUGAAUUGUAUGACUAGUCAUGAUUAUAUCUAUUUAUGCACUUUAUUACAAAUGGCUGAAGAAAACAAAGAAGUUUAUUUUACGGUAUUGCAAAGCUCCGGUAGAUUUUUCUCUAGUGGUGCUGAUUUCAGAUUCAUUUCGAAACAUAAGGAUUUCUUGGAUUCUAAAGAAAGUAAAUUUAGGGAUGCUCAUGAAGAUCCUGCUAAAGUAAGUGAAUUGAAUAAGAUCUGGCUGGAUGCUUUUGUUUCAAGGAAUUUGUUCGUCACUGAUGCCUUCAUUAAUCAUUCUAAAAUCUUGAUCGCUUGUAUGAAUGGACCAGUUGUUGGUUUAACUGCAGCAUUAUGUUUAUUGUGUGAUUUGGUAUAUUCAAUGAAUGAUAAAGUUUAUUUCCAAUGUCCCUUUGCUAAAUUAGGGUUGGUUUGUGAAGGCGGGACAUCUGUCACUUUACCUUUGAAAUUGGGAUAUAAUUUAUCUUUUGAAAAAUUAAUGUUUAGUGAAAAUAUUGAAUUUAAUGAUUUAAAAGAUAGAGUCAUUGUUAAGAAUUAUCAAAUGCAAGAUACUGAAAAAUUUAAUGAAAUUGUCUUGAAAGAUUUGAAAAACAAAAUCAGUAAAGUUUAUUUACCAAGCUGUUUAGCAAUGAAGAAAAUUUUGAAUAAUAAUAUAAAUUCAGAUUUGGAAAGGGCAAAUUCAAGAGAAGUUAAUGUCGCUUUACCAUAUUGGGUUAGAGGUGAGCCAGUUAGAAGGUUCCAAGCAUUGCUCUUAGGUAAAAGAAAUUCAAGACUAUGA